AUGGAGAAGUCGAGUAGCGAAGACUCCUCCAUCCGCCGGAGCCCGUCUCUGGAGAGCAAAGACUCGGACUUCGCCAAAGCCUCGCCGACGGGCAAGCGGUUCAGCCGGGGCUUCACGGCGGGCGCUUUCUACGGCACAGCCGGACCCCGCCGGCAAGGAGGCCGACGCGCCACCGGUGCCGGUGCCCCCGCGGGCCCCGGCUUGCAAAGGGACGAGCCCCGGAGCGACGGCCGCAACGGCGGCAGCAGCAAAUACCUGGUUUUUUACCUGGACCUGUCCUUUGUUUUCCUCCUAGAGUUCAAGAAGUGCAGCAUGGCAAAGUCAUGCUCGUGUUGCAUGAAAUAUGUGUUGCUACAUCCCAAUCUGAAUUUCUGGCUGUGCGGCUGUGGGCUCCUGGGAGUGGGAAUAUGGCUCUCAGUAUCCCAAGGAAACUUCGCCACGUUUUCUCCCACAUUCCCGUCGCUGUCGGCUGCCAACCUGGUCAUCGCCAUCGGGUCCAUUGUCAUGGUGACCGCUUUCCUGGGCUGUUUGGGUGCCAUCAAAGAAAACAAGUGCCUGCUUUUAAGCUUUUUUGUCGUUUUGCUGAUCAUCCUCCUGGCUGAACUGAUAUUACUGAUUUUGUUCUUUGUUUAUAUGGACAAGGUGAGUGAAAGUGCAAAACAGGACCUGAAAGAGGGCCUCAAGUUGUAUAAUACAGAAAACAACGUUGGGCUGAAGAACGCAUGGAAUAUCAUUCAAGCAGAGAUGCACUGCUGUGGGGUAACUGAUUAUAGAGAUUGGUACCCCGUAUUGGGUGAUAACGUUGUCCCUGACAGAUGCUGCAUGGAGAAUUCCCAAGAUUGUGGUCGGAAUUCCAACAACACGAACCUGGUGUGGAAAACGGGCUGCUACGAGAAGGUCAUGACGUGGUUUGAAGAUAACAAGCAUAUCCCCGGGGCCGUUGGGAUGUGUCUCCUCAUAAUACAGAUUCUUGGCAUGGCCUUUUCCAUGACUCUCUUCCAGCAGAUUCACAGGACCGGUAAAAAAUACGAUGCCUAAAAUACUUCUUUUGUAACUUCAUCAGCCCUUAACUGUUGCCGUUAGGACAGGACGACAACCGCAAUAUAUACAGUAUAUAUAUAUAUGUAUAUAUAUAUAUUGUCUGACUUUGGGGCUGCCUACCCUGCUUAGUUCAUUUCUCCAAGACGGAUUAAACUGAACACAAGUAUUUACAGAACCUUUUUUUGUCUCUUCUCGGGUCAUUGUUUUGCCAAAGAAGAGGAGAAGCUUCCUGAACUCGAAAUCAAUUUUCUACUCCUUCUCAAAGCUCCUUUUUUUCUAACCUUGUAGGUGGAAUAACGUUCUAGUACUGAUCAGUAUUACAUCUUUGAGGUAGCCAACGGACGCGUCCAUUAACUUUUUAAAAUAAUGGUUUUUAAAAAAACGGUUUGUACCCAACUGGGGUACUGGGACUUGAACGGAG